AUGUGGUUCUGCAACUAUCCUGAUAUAAUCUCUGAAAUAGGCUUACCUGUGAGAAUACCUGAAAAAACACAUGACCAAACCUCAUCUUCUAAAAAUGCUGCACAGUCAACAUCAUCGGUAGACCCUGAAGGGCCUGAGCAGAGGGAGACAGACACAUCUGUGGAAAAUACUCUCCAAAGCAGCCAGGCAGCUUCCUUUGAUAACUCUUUGUCUUUGCAAAACCUCAUUCUCCAGAAAGAUGACACAACAGGCUUUUGGAUUCUGAAAUAUGUAUUUCAAGUUGACAUUUACAAUUUCAUGAAUUCUGCAUUUUCACCAAUUAUCAUGCUGAUAGAAAGGGUAAG